UAUUGAGUGAACUCAAGCCUGGCUCCGUUGAUUGGAAGAUCCAAGUACGCAUCCUCCGUAUGUGGAGAGUCAUUGAAAAAAGCACAAAUCAGCCCGGAUCUAUUGAAAUGGUCAUAAUAGAUGAGCAGGGUAUGAAGAUACAUGUAACUAUUAAACAAAAUCUUGCUCCAAAGUUUGAAAAGUUGCUUCAAGAAGACUUUGCUUACACUUUUGAGAAUUUAUGUGUUGGUAUAAACGACACCAAAUAUAGAAGGACUACCACACAUAAAUACAAGUUGAACUUUAUGUUCAGCACAAAGUGCACAAAUGCACCUUCAACAACAAUACCAGAGCAUGGUUUUGACUUCAUGCGGUUCGCAGACAUUUCAAAUGGAAAAGAUGACGGUAUUUACAUCGACAUCAUUGGUCACGUGGUUGGGAAGAAUCCAAUAAAGGAAACACUGGAUAAAGACGGAAUUAUGAAAAAGUUGAUUGAUUUCGAGCUUCAAGAUCUUGAGAAUAAUCGUAUCCCAUGCACCGUAUGGGAAGAUCUAGCUAUACGGAUGUAUCAUUGUUUAUACAUUGAAGAACCAUCAGGACCAGUUGUCAUAAUUUUGCAAGGCUGCCAGAUGAAGACAUGGGGUGGUGUAGAAGUUGAUUGAAUAAUAUUUAUAGAACUCAUAGAAGUUGAUUGAACCCCAGCUGUCAAGAGUGGUGUAGAAGUUGAUUCGGG